GCCGCCGCCGCCAUGGCCUCGCCGCUGCCCGGCCGCGCGGGCGGGCCCGCCACGCCGCUGUCGCCCACGCGCCUGUCGCGGCUGCAGGAGAAGGAGGAGCUGCGGGAGCUCAACGACCGCCUGGCGCACUACAUCGACCGCGUCCGCGCGCUCGAGCUGGAGAACGACCGGCUGCUGCUCAAGAUCUCCGAGAAGGAGGAGGUGACCACGCGCGAGGUGAGCGGCAUUAAGGCGCUGUACGAGUCGGAGCUGGCGGACGCCCGCAGGGCCCUGGACGAGACUGCCCGGGAGCGUGCCCGGCUGCAGAUCGAGAUGGGCAAGCUGAGCGCAGAGCUGGAAGAGGUGCACAAGAGUGCCAGCAAGAGGGAAGGCGAGCUCUCCGUGGCCCAGGGCCGCGUGAAGGACCUGGAGUCCCUGUUCCACCGGAGCGAGGUGGAGCUGGCCACCGCCCUCAGUGACAAGCGCAGCCUGGAGAGCGACGCGGCCGAGCUCCGGGCCCAGCUGGCCAAGGCCGAGGACGGUCAUGCUGUGGCUAAAAAGCAGCUGGAGAAGGAGACGCUGAUGCGCGUGGACCUGGAGAACCGCUGCCAGAGCCUGCAGGAGGAGCUCGACUUCCAGAAGAGCGUGUUCGAGGAGGAACCCUUCAAGGCACCUGUGAGGGGACCCGCGAAGGAAUCCAUGAGGGACCCUGAGCCUGAGAGGGGACCCACGAAGGAAUCCAUGAGGGACCCUGAGCCUGAGAGGGGACCCGCGAAGGAAUCCAUGAGGGACCCUGAGCCUGAGAGGGGACCCGCGAAGGAAUCCAUGAGGGACCCUGAGCCCGAGAGGGGACCCGCGAAGGAAUCCAUGAGGGACCCUGAGCCCGAGAGGGGACCCGCGAAGGAAUCCAUGAGGGACCCUGAGCCCGUGAAGGGACCCGUGGAGGAAUCCAUCAGGGAGCCUGAGGCUGUGAGGGGACCCGUGGAGGAAUCCAUCAGGGACCCUGAGGCUGUGAGAGAUCCUGCAAGGGAACCCCUUAAGGAACCUGAACCCGUGAGGGGACGCGUGAAGAAAGCCAUGAGGGACCCCGAGGUCUUAAGGGUGAAGAAAGCCAUGAGGGACCCCGAGCUCUUAAGGGGACCCAUGAAGAAAGCCAUGAGGGACCCCGAGCCCGUGAGGGGACCCGUGAAGAAAGCCAUGAGGGACCCCGAGGUCUUAAGGGGACCCGUGAAGAGACCUCUGAGGGAAGCAGUGAAGAGAUUCCUGAGGGGACUGGGGAAGAUCCCCUUGAGGGAUCCGCUGAGGAGACCUGUGAAGGCGUCCUUGAGUAAACUCGGAUGGGGACCUGUGGGAGGACCUGUGAGGGGACCCACGAAGAGACCCCCUAGGGGAGCCGCGAAGAGACCUGGGGAGACGCCGCGCAGGGGAGCCGCGCAGGCACCCGGGAAGGGCCCCCGCAGGAGGGGCGCCAAGGAGCGGGCACACCGGGUGCAGGUGGGUGUCUGCCCGGCCACCCUCAGAAGGUCCCUCUAGGCCGCCAGCCGCCAGGGCUCCGACUCUGGGCCCGGGCAGGUCUCCUGGUGUGGCCAGCGAAGAUGCCUCCCAGCCUCUGUCGAGGCCCAGGCCUCUGGCUCGAGCCAUUCGUGGUCUUUUUGUGUGUUGGGGGGUCCUGGGGACUGGACCCAGGCACUCACCCAGGCCAUUCCCCAGCCGGGUCUCACGAAGUUGCUCAAGAUGGCCUUGAACUUGCAUCCCCUGCCUCAGCCUCCGAGGCACCGGGAUGCGGGCGUGGCUCUGGGCCCCCCCCCUCCACCCCGCAGUCGCAGCCGUGUCCUUUGCCCGCAGCCAUCGAUGGCCAUGUCUUUUGAGUCUUUCUGCAGGGCUGAGAUCCUCGUCAGGCCUCGUGUGCUAGGCAAGCUCCUUACCGCUGAGCCCCAGCCCGACCAUCUGUUUUACAGUCAAAGAGCGACUUUAAAGAGAAGUGAUCCCCGUGUGAUAUAAAGUUCACCUUUUUUAGAAGUGUAGAAUUAAGUGUUUUUAGAAUCAAUUCUUCCCAUUAAUUCCAGAACAUUCCAUCAGUCCAAAAGGAAGCCCAGACCAUGAGCAUCCCCCAUCCCUCGUAGCCCAGCGCCUAGGAGUCCACAUCCGGCUCUGACUCUGUCACUUGUCUGUCGGGCUCUCGGCACCAGGUCCUCAGCCCAUGUGCAGUGCAGCCGUGUCACCUGGCUCCUGCUUGUGGCUGAGUGACGCUCCAGGUGGAUGGCCACACCGUGUUCCUUCAUCCACCCAGGCCCAUUUGGGCUGCGUCCACUCUUUGGUGGUCAGCAGGGCUGCUCCUGUGAACAUUUGUGAACAAGUAGCAGGGAGACGCCUGGAGCUUCUGAGGUUCGGUGUGAGACAGAGACGGGGCCACUGGGGAGUCCAUCACGAGCCGCACCCCCAGCUCAGUUUUCACUCACUUUGAGCCAGGGUCUGCCCUUGGACUUGAGAGAGUCACUGCUAAGCACCCAGGCUUUGCGCUUGGGGUAUGGGACAGGGGGCCCCUGCCUUCCUCCUGGGCUCUCGGUGGCCACCUCAGAGCCACAGUGCUGCAGGACCGCGGGCUUUGUCG